AUGAAUGGUCCUCACGGUGCAAAUGGAAAACAGCGUGGUGGCAUUAUGAGGGAUAUACCUCCAAUAGCUAUUGCAUUCGAAGAUUAUAUUACAUGCAAUCCAGCAGAUCCAGAAUACGCACGUAUUGGCAGUCUCUUGGAAAAUCAAUCAACAUCACAAUUUCCUGACAUAUCUCUACAUGCGGUUCGUGGAUUGAUUAGCCAGGCUGAUGUGAGCUAUGUCCGAUUUAAAAACCCAUCGGUAACAUUCCAACAACCUUCUUUCGACUAUGCGAUCAACCCUCAAUAUAAACGUCCGCUCCAACAAACUAUGGAAUUUAUCUCUCAAGGCAGUAUGAUCUCACAAUAUGACUAUAAUCAUAAACAUGAUAUUUUUGGCAUAGAUCCACCAUAUAAUAGUGUCAUGAAUAGUUCUGUACCUCAACGUAUUGAUUAUAAUCAAAGUUCUUACAAAGGAUCAAGUAUUUCACCCACUCAAAGGAUAUCCAAUGAUCAGAUUGAACAACAGAAUACGUAUAGUAAUCAAGACAUUUAUAGUAACUCAGUAAUAAGUAAUACGUUAGAAAGCCAAGGGAUUAAAUCAUCAUCAUUGGUUUUCUUGGAAACUCCUGCACAUUCAAAUCGAGAUUAUCAUUCUAAUGUUUAUUCAGAGAAAAGUGCAAUUCCACAAACUUAUCAACAGAACGAACGUCACAACUCUCCACACGUUGUUAUAGAAAGUACACUUAUUUCAAAACCUUACAUUCAGUCAAAUUAUACUGUUUCGAAAGUAUCAUCUGAAUCAGAUUCACAAGAAAUAAAUUCAACCCAAUUAACUCCACAAGUCGUUAUUGAUCAAGAAGGUCCUUGUGUAAAAGAUAUCAUUGAUAAUCAAUACGAAGACUCGAAUAUUAUCCCAACUACAAAACGACAGAAUACUCGUGCACCAUCCCCUAAAGUAGUUAUUGAAGUCACACCAAGGAAUAAAUUAGAAGAGUAUCGUUCUCCUCCAAGUUCAGAUUUUGAUUCAAUCCUUAGCUUGCAGCAAUCUCAGAAAAAGGCAAAUCAGGAAUAUAAAAAACAUAGGGAUAGGGAUAGGGAUGAAGAACGAAGUGGAGAGAGCGCAUUGAUCCAUUUGAUUAAUUAUAUGAGUACGAUAUUUGAAGCUGAGGAUUCCGUCGACAUGGAACAAUCCUCUAAUAAUACUUUUGCAUCGAAUUCAACAUCUCUGCUAAUUCCAUCAAGCAUGGGUUCGAGUGAGCCUUUGCUUACCACAAGCGCAAUUCAACAACUUACGAAGUUUGUUAACAAAGUGAGCCGUUAUAAACGUAUGGAAGAUGCUGAAGUGGACGAUUUAGCACGUCUUUUGAAAAUAUUAGAUCGUUCUGUACGUGAGGUCGAAAAUUUGGAUGUAUUACCUAAAUCAACAUCUCAAGUCAAAAUAGUCGCGACAAAUUCGAAAACUAAAUUUAAUCAGAAAAAUUCAGAUAAUGGCAUAAAUGAAGAUGAUACUCAUGAAGAUGAGGAAGAUUCAAAAAUGAGACAAAUUGAGGAAAAACUUGAAAAAAUAACUAACGGAAUUGACGCCGCUAUAGCCGCAUUUUCAAUCAUGACAGGCGGUAAAUUAAGUAAACAGCUAUAUCCUGAAGAUUUAAUCACUUCAAGUUUAAAUCUUGUUAAAAAUCAACUUGGAGGAAUCAUUUAUCGCUUUUUGGAAUUAAGUACCUCUAAUGAGGAAUCAAGUCGGAUGCUUCCGAUUAUAACUACUUAUUUGAAAAAGUUAUAUGACUUGAUGCAGCAAGAAGAACUUUCUGAUAGUAUUGUCAUAACUGUUAGUUUUAUUGCUAUUGGACCAUUUUUUGUUGAUUCAUCAGGUGGAGGCGGAAAUAAUUUAUUUGGAAUCAAUGUUGAAUCCAUGAAAUUGGUUGCACUUGGGUUAUUGCGAUUGGUUUUCACAAAAAAUCAAAAACAACGUACUUGGAUUUUAGAGGAAAUUCUAACUUCCCUGAUUAAAUUACCUACCGCAAAACGUAAUUUGCGACAAUAUAGGUUACCUGAUGGUAAAUCAAUUCAAAUGGUUUCAGCACUUAUUUUACAACUCAUUCAAAGUUGUACUGCUGGUACAAAUCAGUAUGAUUCUAAGGAAAUUGAUGGCCAGCGUAACGAUGAAAUUCUUAGGAUGAAGAUCAAUGACGAUGUUAAUAAUCUUAAAAAGUGUGGCAGUGUGUGGAAAACAGGAAUUGAUGCAGCUAGCGUGAAUGCCGGCUAUGUCUUCAAAUUCUUGCUGGCAAGAUGUACAAAAUCUAUUAAAAACUCAAAUGAGUCUGAAUAUCGUGUGCUGUUGGAUAACUUUAUGGAAGAUGUAAUUACAGUUCUAAACUUUCCAGAGUGGCCUGCCGCGGAAAUGAUAGUUCACAUUUUUAGUAAAAUUAUGGUCGGUUAUAUUAAUGAUAAGAAAGCAGAUACAUACACAAAGUCCAUGGCUAUUGAUUAUUUAGGAACAAUUGCUGGACGAAUAAAAAAAUAUGCCAACAAUGCUCUAAUCAAUGGUGAAAGCACAUUGGAGGAUAAUUGGGAAAGUAAAGAAGUUCGUCAUUGUAUAGAUAUGGCCAAAGAUAUUCCUGGGGGAGAGAUUACUAGUUUGACGAGUUUACAGGCAAUUAAAUAUCUUUGGGAAUGUCAAAAGACUGUUUUGACAUUUCUAAAAUUUGUUGCACUGCAAGAUCCCGGGGUACAGUGCGCUCGGCAGUUUUAUUUGGCAGAAUGGGGAUAUUCUUUUGUUAGUUCACUACUUUCUAUUACUGAAAAUUUGUCAAAUGAAGACAGCGAAGAUAAUGAUUUAAUCCGUCCAAUGAAAAAAUUGUUGGAUAAAAUCAUUGCCGAAUAUUGGCAAAUUUUUUUGGAUGAUAACAUCAAUCAAAGUUUAGAACAAAGGCAAGUCGUUUUGUCAUUUGAUACUGAACGCUCUGAUAUCAGUCUGAUAACUGAACUUCUUGCAACAAGGCAAGCUCUUUAUCAGAACUUUGACUCGAUUCUCUCAAGAAUUUUGGUUUCACUUGAUACAGGAGUCGUUGCCUUCCGAACUAAAGCUCUGAGAGCUUUAGGACAAGUAGUUGUUAAUGAUCCGAACAUUUUGAGCCAAGUUAAUGUUCGGCAAACAAUUGCACAAAGACUUUCUGAUAAUUCACCAGCUGUUCGCGAUGCAGCUAUUGAUCUUGUUGGUCGAUAUCUCUCGCAGAAACCCGAAAUUACUGAACAGUAUUAUAAAGUUAUUAGUGAACGAAUUUUGGAUACUGGUCUCAAUGUCCGAAAACGCGUUAUCAAAUUACUUCGUGACAUAUAUCUUAAAAGCACGGACCAAAAGAUGAUGAUCGACAUUGGCUGUAAAAUUCUUAUGCGUAUAAAUGACGACGAUAAUCAUGUUAAGGACUUGGCUUUAAAAACCAUUCAAGAAUUAUGGUUUGUACCUUUCAAACAUCAAAGAAAUGUUAACGUUGACAUGAAUGAUCUUGAUGAUGAUAAUGAAGGACCAAGUGAAUUUACCAACAUGUAUGCUGUUGGCAAGAAAGAAGUUUUAAGUAGAAGUUUGUUAAUUGUUGGAGUUGCGGGACGUCUUGGUGAAAGGAAUGGUUGUGUUUUAGGAGGGCUAUUUAAAAAGAUCAUAGAAAAGGUUGGCAAGCAGAAACGAGAAGUCCUAAAUAUAUGCCAGUGUAUGGUGGAUUGUCUCUUUGAACAUUUAUUGACAUUACAAGAUUCUAAUUCAAAAACUGAGGUUGUGAGUUGUAUAAGUACCAUAUGUCUCUUAAGUAAUGCUUCUCCUUCACUUGUUCGAAGGCAUGUCGCCACUUUGCAACCAUACUUAAAAAGUGCUAGUUCGACCGAUGAACAAACAAUCUUGUAUUAUGUAUUAAUCAUCUAUCGGAGUGUUCUUCCACUUUUAAAGCGGCCAAAUCCAAGCUUUUUAACUGAGGUAGAACAAGCACUUCUUGGUCUGCUUACAAAAAGUCCACAAAAGAUUCUUCAAGAGGUCGUGCCUUGCCUUUGUGUCAUUGUUGAUAAAUUAACACAUAAUUAUGCUCGUUUAACGAAGUUACUAAGAUCUUGUAUAGAAAAACUUAAGAUUGAAAAAAAAAAUUUGGAUACCGGAAGAGAUAUAUCUUCAGCUCGAAAUGUUAUGGUUCUUCUUUUAAUUAUCGGUUUAUUGUGUAAAAACUUUGAUUUUGACAAAAAAAGAUCUGAACAUCCAGACGAAAUGAAGGAAUUAAACCUCAUUGACAAGGGACCUAUAAUAGCCAUUGUUUUCCAAUUAGCUUUAUAUUUUUGUGGAAAAAGCUUGUCAGAAACUGUACAGAAAAUGGCAUUACAAAGUUUAGGUUUUAUAUAUUUGUCUUAUCCAAUAAUCAUGCUCAGACCGGAAAGCACCAGUCUAAUGGAUCGUAUUCUAAGUACUGGAGUCAUGGAUAUGAAAAUACAAUUGAUGAAGGUAUUCGCCGAUUUUUUGGUAGCAGAGCAACAAAAGAUUAACACGGAUUUGGAAGAUAAAAAACAAAAAAAAAAUGUUCCUGUCGAUUUAAAGGUUUUGAUUGGGAAUGCGGAUGAGUUUGCGGAGGCUGGGGUGAGCAGCUCUUUAAUGCAACGAUAUCUCGACCAGAUCCUUGAAUGUACUUUUGAUCAAACACAGGGUUUGAAAACAAUUGCUUUAGAUGUUUUGGGCAAUAUUAUUCAGCAGGGAUUAGCUCAUCCCGUAUUGUGCAUGCCAACAAUUGUUGCCAUAGAAACUAGCCCAGAACAAACUAUUCGUGACAAGGCGUUUAAAUUGCAUCAGCUUUUAAAUGAAAAACACGCUUCACUGAUUCAUUCACGAAAUGUAGAUUGUGUCAAAAAGGCAUACGCUUUUCAAAAACAAUUGGUUGGUGAUAAUCUUAUUGUUGGAUAUGCCGUUCGAAACGAUGAGGGAUAUCCAGAGGCUUUGCUUAAUCCGAUGUAUUCAUUAUUAAAAGAAAAACGACAACGUCGAAAUGAUUUCUUAAUUUCAAUUGUCAGGACGUUUGAUUUUGACCUAAUACAAUACGAUGAUUCGAUGGUUGAUGUUGGUUUUUGUAAAUUCAUCGCAGAAAAUCUCGCUACUAUUGAUUAUAAAUCCUUGGAAGAAGUCCUUCAUGUUAUAUAUUGCAUCAAUCGGGUUUUAUCAGUUGUUGCUAUAAGUAUUCUGCAUUCCAUUCAACAUAAUGCAAAAGCUCUUAAUAUCAACGUGAAUGUAUUUGAUCAAAAUAAGUUUUCCCAAGAACUAAUCCUUGACAAUGUGCAAAUAAUUAUCGGAGACAAUCCCCCGCUUGAUUCGAGUCAACAUAAUGUUCCCAUGCUUAAUGCCGAGGUUAAGGAAAUUAAUGGGAGAGAUGAAACCUUAAAGAAUAACACUAAUUUAAAUUCAGCGCCAAUUGAUAUUAAACAAAAUUCCGAACUUUUAGAGAGUGUAGAAAAAAUGGCAAUACAAGAUGGUCUAGAACGAGAACCGAUAAACAAAGAUAAAGAUAAAGAAACUAUCUUACCAUUACCUUAUGCCGCCAAGGUUUCCAUUUGCAUGGUUAUCCUUAUGUACUUGAAAGAACAUUUGAAAAAGGCAUAUGCACUUAGCGAAGCUAAAUGUCAGAACUUCAACCCAGCCCAAAGUGGAUCUAAUAAAGAUAAGCCGGCAUUACGUCAACAACAUGCUUCACCAGUGAUUACAUGGGAAGGUCUUCCAUUCGUAGAUAAACCUUUGAUAACUGAUGAAGAUAUACAUCAACAAUGCGAAUUGUUCAGAAAACUUAUGUCUGAGGAUGGCACGCAAGAAGAAGAAUUUGCCGAUACGGAGAUGGAAGCAGACUCAAUUAACAAACAAUCGAAUGGUUACGUUAACGUGGAUUUCGACGAUACAACCAUGUCUUUAUUUGAUGAAACAACGCCAACAAUAACAAAAUCGUCGGGAAGCACCCCUACAAGGAAAGGAAUCGUACGUAAAUUAGGUUCAAAGUCAAAAAAUACGUCACCAAGGACGCCAGGAAGUGGUAAAAAAAGAAGUGCACCAAAUGAUGCUAUAUCUAAAAAGUCUAAAAAGAAACGAAAAUCAGUUAUAGAUAAUGUGACCGAUGAUGAAGAGGAUAGUGAUUUUCAAUUGUAG